AUGUGCGCCAUGAUGAAGGGAAAACUCAUUCAAUAUGCGUGCACGGUCGUUUUGACAAUACCCUGCUUCCAAGCAGCCUUCACCUUCGUCUGGCCAUCAUAUGCCAUACCCGCGCUCCAGAGUGACCGCUCGCCUUUGGGGUACAAGAUAUCGGAGAGAGAGGCCGGUCUCAUCAGCUCUUGCACCAUGCUGAGUCCGAUGAUAGUGACCAUGUUCGCCGGAACGCUCGCCGAUGUAUUCGGAAGAAAGAAGAUUUCAGUGGCGUGUGGCUUCAUCAUUCUUUUUUCCUGGAUACUAGUGCUCACGGCGAAGUCAGCAAGCCAAAUCCUCAUAGCUCGACUGAUCUGCGGACUGGCGUUCGGUUGCAACAUCAUUGUGGUCAUCAUGUACAUCGGCGAGCUGUGCCAGACCUCGACGCGCGCCACCGCCACCGUCAUCAUUACCUUCUUGUUUAGCAUUGGAGCCCUGGCAUCUUACUCGCUGGGCUGGGUCUGUUCCUAUGAGACCGUGUGCUAUUUCUGCAUCACAUUGUCCGUGAUCUACAUUAUAUUCAUGUUCGCCCUGGUUAAGGAGUCUCCGGUGUUUUUGGUCGGCAAAGGACGGGAAAAGGAAGCGUUACAUUGCUUAGCGUUUUAUCGCGGCACGUCAGUCGUUACGGAACACGUCUUGGGCGAGCUCUCGUACAUGCGCAGUCAACACAACCAGAACAAACAAAAUCAUCCCAUUGAAGAAAAUGUACCUCAAUACGAAACCGAGAAGUUAACAGAAGAAAAAACAAGUUUGCCGCAAGAAGAAACAAGUGGGUGGAAAUUGCUUUUUGCAUCAACGUCAUCACGACGAGCCCUCAUCAGCAUGGUGUCGAUCAUGGUCCUGACGGUCUAUAUGGGGAUGGUCAGCGUUCAAGUGUACGCCGCACAACUAUUCACGAAGAUGGCUCCGAAUAUUUCACCAGAUCUCUGCUCAGUGAUUUUAGCUCUCGUCUUGGUGGCCUCCAGCUGUGUCGGCACAUUCACGAUGGAUUUGUUUAAAAGAAGGGUGAGCAGAGCGCCUGACUCAACAUUGUACGCAAUGGCUUGUUGACUUGUUGUUGUCACACAUCCACGCGUCGUGUUGUCCUGGUACACGUUUAAUGUUCUACUAGAUGAU